CAUCAGUGCCGCAAGCGCUGCAAGCUGCGUCGACGUCGCAACGCGUCCUUGACGAUAAAAAAGCCUAGCAGUCAAUUGCACCUGUGCCGUGUCUUGCCGUCGCCGCGCGGCAUACCUACGGCUCUCUGCAGCCUCAAAGCAGUACAUAUUCAUCAAAGGAUAAGCCUCGAACGGCGCAGCACGUAUCACAUCAUGCCUCGACCAAGACGACGAGCCCUGCUCUGCGUCACCCUGCACGCCGCCCUGGCGCUCGCGCCCGCGCCAACGCGACGGAGGCCGGCGACGCGCCUGCACGCCGCGACCCUGGGCCCGCCGCGCGUCAAGGCCUCGGGCUACGCGCGCAAGCUCGCCAAGGACUUCGGGGUCGACCUCCACAGCGUCACGGGCACGGGCCCGGGUGGGAGAAUUGUGGCGCGAGAUGUGGAAGGAGCCAAGGGUAGUAAUUGGGUGGCGACGCCGGGCGCCACAACAGCCACCCCGAAGGCCCAGAAGCUCGCAAAGAAGGAAGCUGUGGAUUUGUCUACCGUAGCCGCGACGGGAAGGUUCGGCCGCGUCACGGAGGACGACGUGAAGCGGGCCCUGGGCACGCUGACGGAAGCUUUGGGCAUCCAGCAGGGCGCGACCAUUGAUGUGUACCCUCAACUAGGUAGUGUACCGAUGACGGGCAUGCAGCAGGCCAUCGCGGCGAACAUGGAGAAGACCUUGGAUGUGCCCGUGUUCCGCGUGUCCAAGACCAUUGCUACGGAUGCCUUUGAUGACCUGUAUCGCAAGCUCAAGCCCGAGGGCGUCACCGUGUCCGCCUUACUCGCCAAGGCCGUCGCCGUCUCGUUGAAGAAGCACCCGUUGAUAAACGCGGCCUACGGUCCAUCAGGUACGAUUGAGUACAACGCCCAUAUCAACGUCGCGCAAGCGGUCGCGCUCGAAGGCGGCUUGAUUACACCGACCCUGAAAGAUGCGGACUCCACGUCGUUAACAGAUUUAUCGGCGAACUGGAAGGAGCUCGUGGGCAAAGCGAGGUCCGGCUCAUUGGCUCCCGACGAGUACCAGAGCGGUACCUUUACUAUUAGCAAUCUGGGGAUGAUGGCCGUCGACAAGUUCGCGGCGAUCCUGCCGCCGGGCCAAGGUGCCAUCCUAGCGGUCGCGUCGGCGAAACCGCAGAUCGUCCACCUGCCGAAAGCUUUGACCGGUAUGGGCAUCGAGAAACGCAUGAUGGUCACGCUGACCUGCGACCACCGCAUCAUCAGCGGCGCCGACGCGGCGCUCUUCCUCCGGGACCUGCAGCAGGCGAUCGAGUCGCCGGGGGCGCUGGCUAAGUAGUUAUGUCG